ACAAGAAGAAGAAGAAGUGAUGACGUAGAAAUACAGCGCCUGUGUAUUGAGCGCUUCGGCUAGCUACGUUAGCUUUAAUUCCGGAGGCUUGUUGACAAGUUCCCAGCUCAUGGUGGCGGUUUAUUCGGUGUAGAUGGUCCAGCGGCGGUGCCGGUGCUCAGGCGUUUGGUUUAGACUGUCAACAUGCUGGCGGAAGAGGAUUUAUCCCCAAACCUUCUGACAGAGGAGACGAGGCGCAGCAAUGGCGACUUCGCGGCUCCGGAGGGUUUGUGCUGGCUGUCAGUGGUGUCGUGUCUGCUGCUCGCCUGCUCGUACGUGGGCAGUUUGUACGUGUGGAAGAGUGACCUGCCCAGGGAUCACCCCACUGUGAUUAAGAGACGCUUCACCAGUGUCCUGAUCGUGUCGGGCCUGUCCCCUCUCUUCGUGUGGACAUGGAGAGAAUUCACAGGUGUCAGGACCGACUCAUCGUUAUUUGCUCUCAUGGGAAUUCGGUUUGAGGGCCUGAUUCCUGCCAUCAUACUCCCCCUGGUGCUCACUAUGGUCCUGUUUCUGGGCCCCCUUAUGCAGAUGGCCAUGGACUGUCCCUGGACCUUCAUGGAUGGGAUCAGAGUAGCAAUUGACCCCUACUUCUGGAUGCUGUGUUUCAGCGACAUGCGCUGGUUGAGAAAUCAGGUGGUUGCCCCGUUAACAGAGGAGCUGGUCUUCAGGGCCUGCAUGCUCCCCAUGUUGGUGCCGUGUGCUGGACCAUCUCUGGCCAUCUUCACCUGCCCUCUCUUCUUUGGAGUGGCUCACUUCCACCAUGUGAUUGAGUUGCUGAGGUUCAGACAGGGAACACUAUCGGGGAUCUUCCUGUCUGCAGUGUUCCAGUUCUCCUACACCGCAGUGUUUGGGGCCUACACCGCCUUUAUCUUCAUCAGAACAGGUCACCUGGUGGGCCCAGUCCUCUGCCACUCCUUCUGUAACUACAUGGGAUUCCCCGCCAUCAGCACGGCCAUGGAGCAUCCGCAACGCCUCUCCGUUCUCUCCUCCUACCUGCUGGGCGUCCUCCUCUUCCUCUUCUUCCUCUUCCCCUUCACUGACCCCUUUUACUACGGUCUGCCCACGCCAGUCUGCACCCUCACCUCCUCCCCCAGCUCCCUCUGCCUCUCCUGAUCCCUGCCCGCCUCCCACUCUCAAUGAAUCAGUCAAAGAUGUUUUUCCACGCCAAGUGAAAGUUCAGGCGUGUUCCUGUUUGGGCUGACGGGGUCACGGAGAGGUGAGGAACUCUGUGGCUCGUUUAAUCUGUGAACCCUUGCUUUGUCAGGACAUUGACGUGACGCCUGAAGCUGGUUUACACAAAAUGAUUCGGGUGUGCUUCGUGUUGCUGUGCGUGAACCUCGAGAACGGGUCCCGUUGUUGUCGGGCUGUGCUGCCAAACCCGGAAAAUUGAUUGUAGUGUAGAUAAACGCUGAACACUGAAGGACCGUUCCUCCUCAGAUCCUCAUACACUGGUUAAUGUCAUCGUGUUGUGAUGAAGCAUCAGUAGGUACCCUUUUGCAUACUUUUCUACUUAAUCUGCCUCAUCGUAUUUUUUGUUGGGUUUUUUUAAGGGAUUAUUGUGGUUUAUUUUUAUUUGUUCAUAGUUUCAGGCCAUCGUUCGGACACUGGUUAUAAUACAAUUCAAUUGAAGUGGUCACCGUUAUUAGCAAAACUUCAGUUUCAGUAUUUGUUGAGCUUGAAGAAAUGAGUAAAAAAGUACUGGACGUAAGCAAGGUGUCAUUACUGCAGUGGUGUCUCCUGCUUUGUGUUCAGGACAAUGUCCAGGAAGGAAGGGGAAAACUUGAAAACUUAAAAAAUGUCAUACUUGUGUAAGGUGUCCAAAAUCUCUCAAAAGUCAUAGUAUAGUCAAGUGUCCAAAAUCCUUCAAAAAAUGUCCCUGACACAUGUUCUGCUUUGUUGUGCAGUGUUCCGUGAAGUGAAGUUUUUAAUUCAUAAUUCACUGCGUAAACUUGUGUUAAAAAAAAGACACGGUUUAAAUAUGAACUAUGUUCAGUUGUAAAGCCAGGAUGAGAAACUUAAAGAGAAACACAAGACAAUCAAAAAAUAAGCAAGAAAACUGCAGCGUUUUGUGAUUUCAACGGCUUGAAAAUGUUCAAAUGGUCAACAAUUUCAGUUCUGUUUUUAGUUGUUACAAAAGCCGCGAUUAAAUAUGUUAUGUUAGCGAGCUAAUAAGGAAGAGGCAAUAUUUAGAAGUGUAAUUUAGAGGAUUUUAACGGGGGGUUAUUGUGUGGUGCAGCUGAGCCACCACUGCAGUAAACACACAAAUGUGUGGCCAGGUUUGUCCUAACUGUUGUUUUGUGUUUGAUGAUGAUGAUGAUGAUGGCUGAAACUAUGACAAUACCUUUUUUUGCUUCAGGACUUUUCUUUGGGGGUAAAAAAUGCUGGGUUUUCAAAUGGAAUUGGAGCCAUUUUGUUGUUGUUGUUGUUGUGUAAAUCUGAUUGACGCUGCAUUACUGUCAUGCUGGGACCAGUUGAAUCUGGGUUUGGUUUUCUGCUUCAUGCUGUAAUUCCUGUAAACCCAGAAUUAUCCUUCAGCACCUUUUUUGAGUAAAGCCAUGUUCGGACGGGGGAAGUGGAGUCAUGUCCGAAUAUGGCUUAAGACGCAGAGAUUGUUGCUUUCAGCUGUGGGUCGAUCUAGUCAGUCGUCAAACGCAGCGUCGGCUUGAAAGGGCUGAAGGACAUGUUGGGGUUCUGGUCCGUCGGGAUGUUGAAAUAGUCCCUGUUGCAUUCACGGUGACGCUUCAGUUGUUUUUCCUCGUGUGAAUUUAGACUCUUGAAGGUCUUUUGAGCCGCGUUUAGUUGGUGAAGAGUUUUAUUGUUAGUGUUUUUUUUGCCUCUGCAUGUUUUAGUGCUGGUAGGUGAUGGAUUAGCUUGUGAUUAACGACUGAAACGGACUCUGUUCAAACGCCAUUGAGUGGUUGAGCUCGUCAGCAGUGAAGUACGGGCCGUUUCGGCAAAAACUGUAAUUCAGACAUUGAUCGCUCACUCAGUCUUGCCAAGUUCACUGUGCUUCUAAAGUGACGCAACAAACUGAAUUGUAAAAAUUGAUUUCAUGAAAUUGGUAUCGAGAAAAAUACCGCUAUCAAAAGUCCAGAUGUCAAUGUUUAAGAUUUAUUGGAUAAUGUUUUUCGAGUUUGACUCAUUUGCGCCUUUAAACAGAGUAUGUUUUAGUCUUAACAGCUGGAUGUUCUUAAAUGUUGCGUUGGUAGAACCUUUAAGCUUUGUUGCCAUUUGCUAUUUUCCACUAUUUUGUUUUUCUUAUACACACACAUAUAGAUAUAUUACAUUCCCGACAUCUUUCUCGUGGGAGGUUAAACCAGUCACACUUUUGCUGUUCAGAGACUCUCCUGAGGUGUAGUUUUAAAAGAACAACACGGGUUCAAUCACUGCGUAUACUUGCUGCUAGUUUUUUUUUUUUUUUUUACAGAAGCUGGAACUGAAACCAAACCUGUAAAUGUUAAUCCUCACAGAACAAGACACAGCCUGCAGGUAAUAAUUAUAAUGUCGCGCUCAAUCAAAAACUAGAAAAAUAUCAUAAUACACUGGAUUACAGUGUCGUUGGUACAACUUUUUGUCUUAAAUUUAACUGAAACCAGCUUCAAAACAACCAAAAAGAGACUGAAAAAGACUUAAACUGACAUAUUUUCAAGAUCUAACGUUGAUUGUGUUUGAAGGCAGUCGUAUAUUUUGUAAUGAGGUUCUCUGAAUGCAUGUCGUGGCUGGCUGUGAAACGACAAAAAAACCCUCGGCAGACUUUUUCUUCACAUACGCUUGUAGAAGUUUUAGCGGCGUUGAUUUUUCGCACGUUGCCGACAAUGCAGAGUGAAAAAGUAAACAAAACACUAUAAGCUAUUCUCGUACUGUGAAGAAGACAGUGUGCUGUCUGAGACUUCAGCAAUAAAAUAAACAAACACACACGUGAGCAGGUUACUGAGCAGUAAGGUAGAUUGUCUUGGUGGAAGUAAGGAUUUAUGGUUGUGAUGUGAGCUGUGUUUACCUGAGUCUGCCAGCAGAGGGCAGCAGAGUAUUUGGUGAGAGGCAGCAACGCUCAGGACUUUUUAGAGGGACAGUGAGACAGUGAGAACUUGCCAGUAAAAAAAAAAAAAGAAAAACAAUCUUCACUGGAAUCUAAAUUGUUUACGCUUUAAUUUGAAACUGAGGGCUUUUUUCUAACUGACUGUUUGGUUGAUCACUUAUUUCACACGUGCACGACCAUCAGCAGAUCACCUUUAAUCUGUGGUAAUCUGGUACAGCUCCUCCCUGAGAAUUUGGCAAAUGGGAGAAAUGUAUCGCCCAAUCUGAAUUACCUGCAAUCCCUGCAAUGUCCACCAGAGGGGCCACUAAUAAUAUGUGCUUACCGUGCACAAGCAGGUCAAUAGUUUUGCGUGGAUUCUGUUCUUAACCUGAGAGGAGAAGUCAUUUUCAAAACAACUGGUUCUGAAAAAAGUGUGUAUCUUCUUGGCGACUGUUUCCUGACGCUAACUUCACCUCAGACACGUCUGGACUUUUUUGCGAGACGAUCAAUCUUUGACUUGUUUUCACUUCAACACUCAACCACCACAUACUCGGCCUCAGUCAGUAUUUGCAGAGAGAAUCGCUGCAGAGUCUAUUUUUUGCAAAAAAAAGCGUUGACCUUAUUUUACUACACAACGCCCACAGGAAGGAUCCUUCUCUUUAAGAGCUUGUGAGUGAACUGGCGUAAAAACAAACUGCGCAGAUGUUUCUACUAUAUUUUGUAAUCAGAUCUAUUUUGGUGACAGGAACAAAGUGUACAGACAUGUGCAUGUAUUUUACGCCCGCGGUGUCAGACGAUAGAUGGUGGAGGCGGCAGCGCUGAUGACCGUGUUUUAGUAUGACAAUCUUUUACACAAACUUUGGAAACGCUGCAAAAAAUAUCUAUUUGUAAAUAAAUAAAUAAAAACAUGUAAUUUCAUACAA